AUGCGCCCUUAUGACGAUAGACUUGAGUGCCAGUUUCCCCUCGCAGGCUACUCGGCGGCGCUGGCCGCGAUCCUGGGCGCGGUGCGCCGCUCGCCGCUGGGCGUGCCGCACGGGCGCGGCAAGGUGGCCUUCAACGCGGCCGAGCAGCUGCUGCGCUCCGCCGGCCAGAGCAGCCGGCUCACCGCCGCGCGCACCAACGCCGGCUGGCUCGUCGUCGGCGCCAUAUGCACCCUCGGUGUUCCAGUUGUACGUGGCUUGUUGCCACGCAUGCUACUCUUGUGGAGAAACAGUUUUCCGCGCUCGGCCAAAGAGUUGGAAUCUGAAAAGGCGAGGGGAGACGCUUUUACUUGGCAGGUGACUUUGGAAGGUCGUGCUGGUGCAUUAUCAGCGUUGCACAGUCUGCUCAUCCACUGUCCAUCGCUCGUCAAUAACGACGAUACCGCGAAGAGACUUACCCAGCCCAUCGAUGGAGCAAUUGCUGUACUCACUAACGUGGGCAGCGUGGUGCGCGGCUACGGCGGCGCCCUGAAGGCGCCCGCGGCGCUGCUGCGGCUGCGGCUGUACGAGGCGUGCGCGGCGCUGGGCGGAGCGGGCGCACCGGCCGCGCCGCUGCUGCGACUGCUCGCCGCCGAGCUCGCCGGCUCCGCCGACCCCAGCGGCGCCAACGUCGCCACCGGUAUGCUAAGAAGCGCCAUGCACCCACGGGACACUAUCCUGCUCGGCGAAGAGAGUUGGAUCUACGAUACUGAUCAUGCCGAAAUUGAGGAACAACUGAUGUCGGCGCUGAGCGCGAGCGGGUCCGGCGCGCUGGAGCACGACCCGUGCCGUCUGUUCCGCGGCGCGCCUGCCGCCCAGCCGCUCGGCGUGGCCGUCAUCGACGCCUCCGUCGCGCUCUUCCCGCAGAUAUUCGCCAGGGCCGCCAACAAGCACAGACAGCAAAUGCUAGAACACUUCGCGGAAUGCAUUAAGAUGUCUAAAGGCGCCCGUCAAGAGGCGAUCCAGAUAAACGUUUACACUGCACUGUUACUGGCGCUGCGUACGCUAGCUGAGUUGAAGAGCUCAUUGGGGCAAGAAGCUGUGAAGAAUAUCGCCACCGAUCUUAUCAUUAACGGGCUGUCGGCGAGCAGCGCGACGGUGCGCGCGGCGGCCGCGUCGUGCGCGGGCCGCCUGUGCGGCUGCGUGCCCGAGGCGGAGGCGCAGGCGCUGGGCGAGCGCGUGCUGGCGCUGGCGCGCGCCGCGGCGGGCAGGGGCGCGCGUGCCGCCGCCGCCGCCGCCGUGGGCGCCGUGCAGAGGGCGCGCGGCGCGGCCACCAGCGCGCCGGCGCUGCCCGUGCUGCGCGCGCUCGCGCAGGACGCCGCCGCCGUCGAGCUGCAGGUCUGGUCCCUGCACGCGCUGUCCGUCCUGGUGGACGCCUCGGGGCCCAUGUUCCGGGGCCACGUGGAGUCUACCCUCAACCUGGCCUUGAAGCUGUUGUUCAGUUCGCCCCCAUUCCUCGAGGACCUGCACCGGAGCAUCGGCCGCUUGCUCUCGGCACUGAUCACCGUAGUUGGGCCCGAGCUGCAAGCGGGCGGUGGCGCCGUGAGCCGCUUCAUCUGCGCGUGCGCCGCGCUGCAGGAGUGCGGCGGCGGGGCGCGCGCCGAGGCGAUCGGCUGUCUGCAGCAGCUGCAGAUGUUCUCGCCUCGCAGCAUCAACCUGCACCUGCUAGUUCCGCAGCUCUGCCGUGACCUGUCGAGCUCCGAGCUGGCAGUGAGGCGAGCGGCGCUGUGCUGCUUGAGGCAACUGUCGCAGAAGGAGGCGGCCGAGGUGUGCCGCUACGCGUUGCUGGCUAAAGAUCACGUUCCUGCAAAGCCGUAUUGCGGCGUGACGGUCCCCGAGAGCGGGCUGCCGGGCGCGCUGUUCGCGUACCUGGACACGGAGCGCGACUCGGCGGCGCUGUCGCACGCGCGCGACGCGCUCGCCUGCUGCCUGCUGGCCGCGGCGGGCGCGCGGCUGCUGCGCGGCUGGCUGCUGCUCGCCAAGCGGGUGCUCACCGUGCGCCUAGAGGACGUCAGCAGUCAAGAAAUGGACUUUGAUGGCGAAGGUGAUGACGACCAAGCGGAAUUCCAUGCGGAAUCUGAGCAAUCCACACAUCCAGCUAUUCAGCCAAGAUGGUCAACAAAGGUGUUUGCAAUGGAAUGCAUCCAGAAAAUCAUGACAGCAUGCGAAGCUACAGGCGAAAGUGCACAUUUCGACCUUGUCAAGGCGAAGGAAAAACUAAAAACUGAUCCCAAUGGGGACUACCUGUCGCUGCACCUGUCGGACCUGGUGCGGAUGGCGUUCGUGGGCGCGACGGGCGAGUCGGACGCGCUGCGCCUGUGCGGGCUGCGCACGCUGCAGAUGAUCGUGCAGCUGUUCGCGCGCGCGCCCGAGCCCGACUUCCCCGGGCACCUGCUGCUGGAGCAGUACCAGGCGCAGGUGGGCGCCGCGGUGCGGCCGGCGUUCGCGCGCGACACCGCGUCCCACGUGACGGCCGCCGCGUGCGACGUGUGCUCCGCGUGGCUCGGCUGCGGGGUGGCGCGCGACAUCGACGACCUGCGCAGGGUCCAUCAGCUGCUGGUUUCGAGUUUGGAUAAACUGAACAAAAAGGGGAAUACCACUCUUAUAUACAACGAGAGCAUGGCGACACUUGAGAAAUUGUCAAUUUUGAAAGCGUGGGCAGAGGUUUACAUAGUGGCGAUGGUGAGUAAUGACAGUGCACCGGGCAGCUACGUGAAGCAGCUUCACACCAAGCCCUUCAACGAAAAGGCCGAGUUGGCCAAGUGGCGGAACGAGGUGUUACAAAACAACAAUCAGAUAGACAAUUCGAGCCAAGAAGAGGGUGAUGAUGAGUAUGGGGAGUUCGAGUCAAAGGGCGAGAGCCUUUUGAAAUUGGUCGAACCUGAGUUGGAGAGCUUGGGAGAGAAUUGGCUUGCUGCUCUUAAAGACCACGCCCUAUUGAGUUUGCCACCUGAGUUCGCGUCGCAGCUGCCCCACGGCGGCGGCGCCUUCUACUCGGCGGAGACGGCGGAGGCGUCGCGCGCCCACUACGCCCGCGCCUGGCCCUCGCUGCUCUACGCCGCCGCGCUGCGCUUCAACUCCAACUUCCGCGACAUCACCCGCCCCGAUAACGAAAAUACUGACAAUGCCGUGGAUAACCGAGCUACUAAGACUGAGAACGGAAAUUUCGAAUUUUUCGAGCCGGUCGAUGAAAGAUUCCACCUGCUAUUUGGAAUAUGUAUGGAGGCGUUAUGCGCACAACGCGAUAUGAGCGACAGCAACAUAGUUUCUGUUCUCUUGUCUUUGGUGACCCUUUUGGAUGCUCCGGAAAACAGGGCACGCCUGCUAAAAGAUAGAGCGUUGGCGAUCGAGCUGUGCCAAAUAAUCCACCGCACGGGUCUGACCCAAGACAGCAUCGAGGCGUUGCUUCUGGCCGCCGAUGUCCUGCAACUGGUCAUCACGGGCGCAAAGGAGCAGUUGCACGCUAACAUGCAGGCGAAGAUUAAAGAGCUGGCGCCGAACGCGUCCGAGGGCAACGUGCCCCAGUCGGUGGUGGAGGCGGUGCACACGCUGGGCGAGGGGGGGCCCACGGGGGACCUGCCCCCCUCCCGGUCGGCGGUGUUCGCCUGCCUGGAGGCGUGCCUGUGCCUGCUCGUGCGCCGCCUGCCGGCGCUCAGCCCGCUCAAGCCGGAGGGCGCCGUGGGCGUCAUCGGCGUGCCCAAGGGGCUGGGCGUGCACGCCGACCUGCUGCUGGUCAAGAGCCUCGCCGCCAUGUCCGAGCUCACCGAGCUCACGAGCCCCCAAGGCGCCCUGUCGCUGCUGCCGACGGUGUUGCACCUGGGCACGGAGGUGCUGCGCGAGGCGCGCGGCUCCUGCGCGGCGGCGGAGGCGGGCGUGCUGCUGCUGCAGCGCGCCGCCGACUGCCGCGCCGCCCGCCUGCUGCCCGACACGCGCCGCGCACACGCGCGCCUGCUGCAGAGCGCGCUCGCCAAGCUCGUCGACGCCGUCAAGGCCGAGGCGCCCGAGCAGCGGAUUGAAGCUGUGACCGGCGCCCGCGGUAUGGCGGCCCUGCUCGGCCGCGCUGAGCCAGCGCCCGCCUUGCACUACCCCUGCAUAAACCAUUUCCGCCAAUGUCUCGACACAAGGGACAAUGAUGCGUUCGCGUCGUGCUGCAGCGUGCUGCGCGGCGUGUGGGGCAGCGGGGCGGGCGGGGGCGGCGCGGGGGGCGCGGUGUGUUGGUGGGCGCGCGCUCUGGGCGCCCGCGUGGUGGCGCGCGCGGCCGCCGCCCGCCGGCCGACGGAUGCGGCGCACGUGCGCGCCGCCAUCGCCGGGGUCAACGCCCUCGACGAGCUGGUGGCCGCCUCUCCCGACUCCGCGCGCAUCCAAAUGCUGCGGAUGCUGGUGCCCAUCGUGAUCUCCUACCUUCGCGACGGCGCAGAGUUGUCGACAGCGCCAUCUCACGUGCGCUCUCUUCACGACUUCGCCCUGCAGUGGCUGAUGCGCGUCGGGCCGAAGUACCCUCAGGAGUUCAAGACGAUGAUGCAGCAGUCGCCCGAGCUACGCGCAAGAUUGGAGAGCGCCGUUAAGGCGGAGCAGAACAGCCGCUCAAACAAGCAGAGGCAACCGCAGAGGCCGCUCUUCGAGUCCCGACCGGCUAAGCCCACCAUACAGCUGAAGACGGACUUCAGCGAUUUCAGG